CCCUGCAGCUGGGGACCUCGGCGUAACCGUUGCAGACCGGGUCCGGAGUCCAGCGUUUGCUGCCAGGGGACCCGCUGAGAGAAACGCGGCCCAUGGCACAAAGCCGGGAGCUAGAGGAGCGCCACUUGGCCAACACUGGCAGCGCGUCCCUGUCCGUGAGAUGGGUGCAAGGAUUCCCUAAGCAGGAUGUUCAUUUCGUCAACGAUAGCACCAUUUGCUACCCCAGUGGGAAUUUUGUAAUAUUUAUUAAUAUUGAAACCAAGAAAAAGACUGUACUCCAGUGUAUGAACGGAAUUGUGGGCGUCGUGGCAACUAAUAUUCCUUAUGAAGUUGUGGCUUUUUCUGACCGGAAGCUAAAACCCCUCAUCUACGUAUACAGCUUUCCUGAAUUGACCAGAAGGACCAAAUUAAAAGGCAAUGUUCUUCUGGACUACACUUUACUUUCAUUCAGUUACUGCGGCACCUACCUGGCUAGUUACUCCUCUCUCCCUGAAUUUGAAUUCGCUGUGUGGAACUGGGAAUCGAGUGUCAUUUUGUGCAAGAAGUCACAACUCGGUGUGGAUGUGAGCCAGAUGACUUUUAACCCCAUGAACUGGCACCAGCUAUGCUUGUCAAGUCCAAGUUCAGUGACUGUGUGGACCGUGGAAAGAAGUAAUGAGGAACAUUAUCUCAAAGCAAAGUCAAUAAAACUACCUAUGGAAGAUGGGUCAAUUUUUGAUGAAAAGGACUUAAUUUUCCCCAGCUCGUUGCCAAAGGAUCUUAUCUAUGGACCUGUGCUCCCAAUGUCAGCCAUUGCUGGGCUGGUAGGCAAAGAGGCAGAAACUUUCAGGCCCAAAGAUGAUCUAUAUCCUUUGCUUCAUCCAACUAUGCACUGCUGGACUCCAACAAAUGACCUGUAUGUUGGCUGUGAAGAGGGUCAUCUUUUAGUGAUUAACGGAGAAAACUGGAAGGUCACUAUUCUUAAUAAGAUAGAAGACAGACUACCAAUGGAUGAAAGAAAUUUUAUCAGUCCAGCCACCUUGGUAUAUCAGAAGGGAGGCGUCCUUGCUUCUGGAAUUGAUGGCUUUGUGUAUUCUUUUAUUAUUAAGGAUUCAUAUUACAAAGUAGAGGAUUUUCUUCAGGUUGAAGAGCCUGUGGAGCAUUUGAUGUUUUCUCCCAAUUACAAAAGCUUGCUGAUUCAAACAGACAAGGGAUCUGUUUAUAUUUACACUUUUGGUGAGGAGCCAACCUUGAAUAAAAUCCUAGAGGCUUGUGAUGGGAAAUUUCAGUCAGUUGACUUUAUCACACCUGGAAACAAACACUGCAUGACACUCACACAUUCAGGGGAAGUUUGUAUUUGGUCUAUGGAGGAUGGUGCUUGUGUCAGCAGGAUUUAUCUGAAAAUCUCAGCGACGGUUUUGGCUUGCUCUCCGUCCUCCUUCUCUGCAGCGGUGGGCACCGUGGGUGGCUCUGUCCACUACCUUGACCUCUGGGACACCAAAUCCCCUCAGGCCAUUCACAAGGCCUUUGUCUCUGAAUCCUCCGUCCAGCAUCUCCUUUAUGACCAACGGGGAAUGUAUCUAUUAGUUGGAACAUCAGAAGGAUACAUCUUUGUUAUCAAUGCGAACCCUUCAAGCAUGUUUCAGAUUCUUGGAUUCGUAGAGGUGGACAAAGACAUUUUACAAAUAUCUACAGUGUCUCUUUUGGACUCAGACAUAGUGAAAGUGAUGGUCCUUUCCUCACUUCCACAAACAGGAAGAAGCAAACUGCAAAUAUUUACUCUGCCUAAAAUACUACCACAAGUUUCUACAAGCAUUGCUGAUCAAAGAGGGAGGAUGAUAGAUGAAAUAAUUCAUAAAUUCCUGUAUGAGAUAGAACACCCUCUGUCCUCUGCGGUGUUGGACUUUAAAAGCAAACGAGUGUAUGGCUUCUGUAAAGAAGUACCAUACAUCUGCAGCUAUCUUCUUCCAGAGCAAGGCCAUAGCGGUAUUUGCAUUCUUAAGCCACACCAAAAAGUGCAAUGCAAACAUUAUGGACCUGGAAUGCUCUCUCUGUCUCCACAUGGAUCGUGGCUCCUAUCAAGAGCUAAAUGUGGAACUCUGUGUAUCCGAGACAUUAACACUUUGGAAACAUUUGUUUCCUGUCGGAGUCAUUCUCACCAGGGGCACGGAAUUCAAUCGGUGAGAAUUUCAUUGGAUGGACAAAAUAUUCUGGUGAAUGGGAGAGAAGAUGGCACCCUUGUUUACCUAAGAUGGAGGCGGUUGGGAGGAAUCUUAUCCACUGAAACUCUUAACUAUUGCCAGCAACUUUUAACUAUUAUGAGCAACACCAUGGCAGAAGAGAAUAAUUAUUUAAGUAUGGCACAAAGUGACUCCUCGAGUUUGGUAUCAGUCUCUGAACACACAAUAAAUGAGAAUGUGAGUUUAAGCAUUGACUCAUCGCAAGAGGCAUUAUUACUCCAAGUUGAUAAUACGAAGGAAAUUCCCUGGAUACAACAAAAAAACCAAGAGGCCCUCAGAAUGGAGAUUAAACUGUUUUCCAACAAAAGGAGAGAGAUAAAAACAGGAAUGAAAGAACUUGCUAAAACUGUUCUGAAUAUGAUGGAAGAAAAUGAAACAGUAGAUAACAUUGCAAAAUUAGAGCAACGGGAAUUUGGUCUGGAUCUUGAGGAACUAGAAAGGCUUCACGACGAAAGUGAGGAAGAAAUAGAAAAGAUAAAGAAGGAUGUGGAGAUGCAUAAUCUAGCCAAGAGAUAUUUGGCUGAACUCAUUAAAGAAGAAUGCUGGAAUUCAAUGGCUGUGAAAGGUCGAGCUCUUAAGUGCUUUCACAUCCCCUGCGUGGUUGAGAACUUUCCAAUGAAAGAACGCACAGAUGAAGAGUUGAAAAAAUUGAAGAGAGUUUUACAACAAAAGAAGAUUGAAACCGAGUGUCUUAAACUACGGAAAGAAAUUGUAGAGUUUCAACCUACAAAGACUUUGGUUAAAAAGCAUCAUGAAGAGGAUGAUGAAGAAGAGGAAGACGAUGUAGCAGUAAAAGAUACUAACUUGCCCAAUUACAUGUUUGGCAGUCAGAGUACUGAUUUUGGGAUACAUGCCUCUUUGUUGUCAAGCCAAUUGGAACUUCAUUCGAGAGAGGAGAAAAUCAACCAAAUUAUAUUAUUGAAAGAUAUCAUUUACAAGGUAAAAACUGCUUUCAAUAAUGAGUUUGAUGCUGCAUAUAAACAAAAAGAGUUUGAAAUUGCACGUAUAAAGGAAAGAAAUGUAAGAAUUCAAGAAAUCAUUUUAGAUCUGGAAUUGCAAGAACCUGUCUGGCAACCGGAAUUUGAUGACCACGAGAAGCCGGAGAGAACCCUUGUUGUGGAAAAUAGUGAGAUUGCAGCUCAAAAAUAUGUUAAUCCGUGGCGAAAAGUCAAAGCAGAAUUAACCGCGGUCCAUAUAUUAGAGGAGGGGCUUCUAGCACGGGGCCCUGACACCAGACGUCGAGCCCUGAUGGACAUGAUGGGAGGAGUUCUGGAAGUCAAGAAGGAAGACAUUUUGAGAAUGGUGAUUCCUCCUCCUGCUUUCAUAGCAAAACCUGAUGCUUUGUGGUCUGAAGAGGAAAAAAAACAAUUCAGAGACUAUGAGAAAAAAGUCAAGGACUUAAAUGAAGAAAGAGAUAAGUAUAGAAAGUCAUUAGAAGCAGAAUUGAGGAAACUUCAAAACUCAAUUCAAGAAAGCACACAGAAUUUUGAUGACUAUUUGAAAAGACUCUUUCAAAGGAGAGUGAAAGCAGAGAUAGUUGUCAACCAGGAAGAAUUGAAAAUAAAUAACCUUAUGUUUUCUUUACUGUUGGAUGAAGAAAUAAACUCCAGAGAAACCUUCCUAAACAAUUACCUUACAAGGAAGCAGGAGGAAAAAGACCAGACUUCAGAGGCCAUCAAGAAAGCUAGAGAAGACCUCGAUGUGUACAAGGAACAGUAUGACAACUUACUGGCAGAAGACAAAGUUCUGGAUCGCAGCUUUAAAAAGGAGUUUUCUGAAAUUCCUACUCAUCAGGUGGAUAUGCUCUACAAACUUUUUAAACGCCGACCAAGGAUUCCCAAACCAAAAGUACACUCAGAUGCGGCCAGUACUGUGCCUUUUGGAGAGCGACCAGAAUCUGGGAAAUUGAAUAAAGAUGCCUUUGCCCAGUUAAUGAAAGGCAUGGACGACAUGGACAAUAUUAAUAACAUGCCAGAAGGCUUGGACCCCUCGGUCUGGGAACAUUUCUGCAUGACCAGACGAGUAAAAGUGGAAAAUGAACAGAAAGUAAAGCAGAAAGCAGCUGGAUUAGUGGAAAUGGUGGCUUUCCUCCGGAGGAGAGUGGAGGAGGAUGACAAGGUGCAACAGGAAAUUGAAAAAGUGUUCCAAGAACUCAUUCUAUUACAGGAAGAGAAAGUGAAAUUCCAGUUGAAUUUGACAAUCCAAAUUCUCCUUAAACAAGGACAAGUAGAGCUGGAGAAUUUCCAAUUAUUUCUGGAGUAUUCUGAUGCAAUUCUCAUCAACAAGCAUAUAAUUGAAGACCUGAAUUCUGUGAUUCGGAGUCAAGGACACAAGAAAGUUACUAGCAUGAUGGAAAGUAAAGAUAUCCACAAAGGAAUAUUUCAGAUUGAGUGGGAACAUAAGAAAAUGGAGAUGGAAAUGGAAGAUCUAAAUCAGAAGGCUUGGGAUAUUCAGAUGUUAUUUUUUUCAAGAGAACGUCAAAAGUACCUAAGUGAACCAAACUAUGAGACUCUGAUUGCUGUUCAGAUUGGAAUAAUGGAAGAAACCAUUGCUGUUCUGGAUAAGACCCACAAAAAGAAUGUGGAAAACUGCAAAAAUCUACUAAAAAAACUGGUCAAGUUCGGCAAUCAAAAAGAUGUAGCAAAUUAUACUCUAAGCUGCAAUUUAAGAGAAGAGUUGGUGGCUGUCUCAGAGAGAAAAGAUAUCUGUCAUGCAUUAGGGCCUAAACUGACUUGUGAAAAGAUUGCCAAAAAACGAUAUGAAAACAUGAUGCAACAACAAAAGCUAACAAAUAUUUCAAAAGAACAAGCCGAACAGAUUUUAAUACUGCAGGCUGAAGUUGAAAGAUUAAGAAUGAAAACAUUUCCUGCUCUUGUUCCAAUGUAAAAACACUGGUGGGAAACACAAGGCUAAAUCAACCAUUUAAAAAAUAAUUUAAUUCGAUUAAAAUGAUUUUUUUAUUCUUUUAUAUAAGGAAACUUAAGUGGAACUUCUUCUCAAUUGCAUAUUUUAAUAGAAAAUUAUUUAAUUUUAGCCUUGAUCAUUAUAAAAAUGUUUGUCCUGCAUGAAUAAAUGUAUAAAAUAUCAUGAAUUGUUUUCAAGAAUGAACAAGAUUUUAACUCAGAAAGUAUUCAAAAUCUAAUUUAUUUGGUCUUAAUUAAAUCAAUAAGUAUUUUCACAGCAAUAGUAUAAAAGUCUUAAAGACAAAAAGAAAUUAUUCUUAGCCACCACUGGCAUUUCUAAUUUUAUAAAAUUAUCAGAAAAUUUAUGCAACUAUGGAUGUUGUUUAUACUUUUCUAUAUUUCCCAAGAUUUCUUCAACAAGCAUUCCUUCUAUAAUCAGAAAAAAAUUUACCAUAAUGUUUAAGAUUAUUCUUUGUUCUAGCAAUGAGAACAAGGUAAACUUUACAUUUACCAAGCCAUACGUCAUUUGUAAAUUACAACAUAUUUUCUUCUACAUAAACAUAACAUAAUCUACAUUUCAUAUUCAUUGUUACGGAACUCAAUCUUGUGCCCUACCCAACAGCGUUUGGCAAACAGAAUGUUUUCUGAUUUCCGUGAAAAGUUUAUUGCUGUAUUCAUGUAGAUGAUGAUAACUAAAUAAUGUGAUUAACUGGUCAGAAAACUGCUCUGCCCUUCCAUAGAUUGUGAACUGCUGCAUUCCAAGAUGAUACCAUUGGGCUUAUUGACCACAAUCUCCAACUGAUGUCAAUGCUUAUUGUUCUGGAACUUGUUAAUUAAUUGUUAAAUUUAAUCUGCAACACCAUGUCCAGUGUACACUGGUGUCGGUCAAGCAAGCGAGCUAUUAUAAAACCUUCUACUUAUAAAAAAAAUAUUUAGAAGAUUUAAAAUCUUUUGUUUAGAAAUUUCCGGGCUAGUACCACAAUUGCUCACCCAUGCACUGAUCAGUGCUGGGUGGGAACGGUAAGAAAUUAUAGGAUCAACAUUUUUGAUGACUCUUCUCCUUAGUACUAGAAUGACUCGUGAAGUAGUCAGUUCAGCUGAUUCAGCAGGAAAGUCCCCAUGGAUAACCCUACAUCUAGGGUCCUUCAAAAUUAUCUUUGACAGAAGGACUGUGUAGGGUGAGAGGAUGGACCCAAGGAUGGAGAAGUGUAUGAAGAGUACAGAUACUUUGUACUUAAGAUGGAAUUGUCAGAAAUUUUCUGUCCUGUUGGUUUGAGUCAACCAUAGAUAUACUAGAGUUUUGGUGUUUCUUUUUUCUGGUAAUACAAAUUCCAUGUCACCUAAAUUAGCUGCCUGGAGGCUCCAUUUGCUAAUAGCGAAUGCCAUAAAUUUCACUAGAUAAUGUUCUGUGGAUUCCCAGAUCUUAACAAACUGAACAGCCUGUGUGAUUUCUAUUUCUCAGUGGCCACCUGGGUGACUCUGGCAGUGCUCCUUGCUUGAAUGCCACAGCUUUGAGACAUACAUAGAGUGGUUAGCAGGAACCUCUUGCCCCCAGGCUGUAUGCUAGUAGCAGCACUUUUCAACAGGAGGUACUUCUGGUUUGGGGGUUAGCUUUGGAAGGGCACAUGGGUCAUACACCCCAACCUACUCUUGAUACUGUCCAUGGUACUGAUUACUCUCAGCUUCUGCUGAGAUAACAGCAAGUAUAUUUUUAUAGCCCUUUAAAUUAUCUAUAUUAUUAAGAAAUAUAAUUAAUUGGGUCAAACAUAGCAUGGCUUUAAGCAUAGGACCUAAAUCCUGGUUUCAAAAUCCUGGCUCUGCCACUUCAGUUUUAAACAACUACUUAGUUUUUAAAUAACUAAUCUUAAAUUUCUUUAUCUUGAAAAUUGGGAUGUUGAUAAUUGUAAUACUCAAAUGAGUCAACAUACUUUUUAAAUUGACACAAAGCAAGUGCUAGGUGGUAGCUUUCAUUUUUAUGAAAAUGUUAUUCAGUGGCUUUUAAUACAAGCAUACCUCAUUUUAUUGCACUUUGCUUUAUUGUGAUUCACAGAUGUUUUUUACAAAUUGAAGGUUUGUGGCAAUCCCGCUUUGAGCAAGUCUGUUUCCAACAGCAUUCACUCACUUCAUGUCUCUGUGUCACAUUUUAGUAAUUCUCACAGUAUUUCAAACCUUUUCAUUAUUAUUAUUUGUUAUGAUCAUCCAUGAUCUCUGAUGUUACCACUGUAAUUGUUUUGGGGUGCCACAAACCAUGCCCAUAUAAGACAAUGAAUUUAAUGGAUAAAUGUGUGUUUCUGGCUACUGACCAACUGCCUGUUCCUUUCCUUGGGAUCCCUAUUCCCUGAGACAAACAUUUGAAUUGGGCCAAUAACCCUACAACGGCUUCUAAGUGUUCAAAUGAAGUCACACAUCUCUCACUUUAAAUCAAAAGCUAGAAAUGAUUAAGCUCAAUGAGGAAGGCAUGUUGAAAGCUGAGAUAGGCUGAAAACUAAGUCUCUUGGGCCCAAAUUAGCCAAGUUAUACUGGGAAACCAAAAAAUUCGUGGUCUGGAACAGAACCCACAAUACCUCUGAGGUACGCCUGUAAGUGCAUCCCAUUAAAUGGAGGUGAAAUUCAACAGAAAUGAUUUUAGAAAGAGAGAAAAGGAUCACCUCUCGUGUAUCCCUAGGCCCCAAACUCUUCCAAAAGCCAGAUCCAUAUUCCAUGACCCACGUCCUGUUGCUGGAGUGCCCACUACUGUGCUGUUGGAGCCCGCAGCACCCAGCCAAUGCCUUGGAAAUGCCCAUUACUAUGACCCCAUCUGCUCUUCUGAACGCUCCCAGAAUCAGAUUCCCACGGAUGCUGUAGUUUCUCCAAGUGAACAUGUCAGGGUGAUUCCAGGGGAUGUGCUAGUCAGCAGCCGGCAGCUGUAGACAAAAUCCAGCACCAUCAGCAGGGAAACCCCUUCGUCUACCACAUUUCGGCUCUCUGGCUGAGCAGCAAGCAGUGAUGGAGGCUAGUAGGCACAAAAUAGUACAGCUCCCCAGGGGUGCCCAUCCAGGAAGCCCAGGGCCAGGGGAGGCUCACUGAGGCCUGGGCCAGUCCUCUUGGGUUCACAGAAGCCAAUGGCAAUGGCAGUGUCUAAAAGGCAGAGGAGAUAGGAGCAGGUAUGGACACGAACACUUAGACUGGAUGCAAGAGCUGAGUCCUUGGGUCUCCUGCUAGGCCACAUAUUAACAGCUUGUUAGAUUACGGGGAGGAACUGGGCUAAAAGUGGGGUGCACUUGGAGGACAGGGCCUACU